AUGCUCCUCUCGACUCUUUUAAGAGGAUCGAAACCUAUGAUUGCUCGGCGCUUCGUGAACUUAUACAGUCUUUCACGGCUGGAGGCGUCGCUCAAGACAGCUUCAGGAGGCGUGCACAGCGUCUACAAGCCCGUCCCGCCCCCCAAGCCGUACAGCAGCUCAGCCCCCUCAGCGCACACGGGGGGGUCCGGCGCAGGUCUCAGCGCAGAGGAGCAGCAGCAGCAGCAACAGCAGCAGCAGGCAGGAGCAGCAAGGGACCAGCUGGCCCCCGUUAUUGGGUCGGCGCUGCAGGCUGGACCACCUCCUCUGCUGCCCCACAUUCUCGUCACGGACCAGGGCCACUUCCACACGCACUCCACCAAGUUUCCCAUCGAGGCCAAGGAGGCGCCCGCCAGCCUCUUUGCCCGCAGCCCGCCUCGCCUCCCCGCGGGUCGCUCGGCCACCCUCGGUCGCGGCGUGGGCGGGGGCUCCGACCUGACCCCCGCGAUGGGCGUGCCGGCGAAGGGCAGCACCUUGCCGCGGUCAACUCGCUUGCCAUCUCUGCUCGACCUGAGGCCGCCCGCGCACACGCACACGCAUCACGCCCACGCGCCGCCUCACGCCCACGGGACCGCGAGCGUGGAAGACCGCGAUCAGCUGUUGGGCGGAGACCAGCGGCAGCCACGCUUUCUCGACGGGAUUGACAACCCUGCGCUGGUGGACGACGCUGCGCACAUGCCUAGCUACCGCGCCACCCCCGGGGAGGAGGAGUCCACGCCCCGCCCACCGGCAUCCCCCCCGAGGGCACCCUGGCCGGGGUCCUGCCCUCCCACCCGCAGCCACGCCCAUACGAGUCGCCCUUCCUCUCCCACCACGCCUACCGCCAGCCGCCCGCGUCCCAGCACCUGCCGCCCGCGUCCCAACACCACCCGAAUCCCCCUCAGCAUCACCCUGUCACGUCGACGCAACAACAACAACAACCAACAACAACAACAACAGCCUUUGACUCGGGGAGACAUGGAUGAGGAGUUCACAAGGACAGUACGCUGGCAUCGUGGAGAUCCACCCCCCGCAGGGCCACCUCCACAUGAACGGCCACCUCCCCCCCCACCACGCCUCCAACGGCCACCUCGCCAACGCGGCGUGAACGGCCACGUUCAUGCGACCCUCAACGGCCACCACACCAAUGGCCUCCCCGCCCAGGCGAACGGCCACGCCCCCCACGAACGCGCCACGCCCCCACGCAAUAACCAGAACAACCGCACGGGCGGCCUGGUGGACGACAACCAGGCGAACGACGCCCACGAGCGCCGCGACGACGCCCGCAAGGACGACAAGUGGGGCUCGCUCACGCGCGGGCUCGCGGCCUGGAAGUACCACAACCUCAAGGAGAAGAUCUCGCACAAGUUCUCCCGCGGCGACAAGCCCGACGACCGCGCCGCGGAGGCCAAGCACGGCGCGCCCACGCCCCGCGCCGGCGCCAAGAACAACGCGGAGAACGGCGGCGGCGGCCAGCAGGAGCAGGGCGCCCUCCAGCCGGGCCCGCGCGCGACAGCGGCCGCGCCCCCAAGCUCAACACGAGCUUCCGGAGGGCCAUCCCCAGAGCGCGCAGAAGACCAACCUGCAGGAGACGAUGGAGACGAGCCUGAGCGCGGGGGGCGCGGCGCCGCAGCCCAACGGCCUGCCCCCCCACUACCCCGCAGCCCCGGCCAGAGGUCGGGCUCGUACCACCACCUGGCGCAGCUCCGCCAGGACGCCCCCAGCUGGCGGCCGCACCACUACUCGGUGGACAACCUGGCGGACGCGCAAGUGCUGCCCUCCGACCACACGUACUCCGGGCCCGCCGUGACCGGGGGCGCGCAGCCGGCGGGCGGCGAGGGCGGCGGCUCCGGCGGCUCGGACUCGGGGCGCGGGACGGCCGGCAGCGGCGGCGAGGGGCGCGCCGCCCACGCCCUCGACACCAGCCUGGACUCCGCCGCGUCGCAGAGGCAGGCCGGCCAGGGACACUCCUCAGGUGCGGCGUCGGAAUUCCCUUGUGUGAAUGAAAUGAAAUGA